AGAUUUAUAUACAUUUCACUAAUAAUCACAAACUUUCAUCUCUCUGUUCAUACAAACUUCACACCAAUUCGAAUAGGCAUGGCAAAAUUGAUUGUCUUGGUAGGGCUUCUUGCUCUUUCGUUCUGCGUUGCCAUGGCAGCUGACCACAGUCCACUGCAAGAUUUUUGCGUCGCUCAACCAAACAGCCAAGUGCUUUUAAAUGGAUUAGCAUGCAAGAAUCCGAGCACGGUUCAAGCCAGCGACUUUUCUUUCAGCGGACUUCAUAUAUCAGGCAACACAAGCAAUGCAGUUGGCUCGAGAGUAACUCCUGUGGCCGCAACUCAAAUUCCAGGACUAAAUACACUAGGUAUCUCCCUUGUCCGCAUUGAUUAUGCUCCAUGGGGCCUCAAUCCUCCUCACACACAUCCUCGUGCCACUGAAAUCUUGACCGUCAUGGAAGGCAGCCUUGAAGUUGGAUUCGUCACCUCAAAUCCUGACAACCGAUUAAUCUCAAAGAUUCUGAACAAGGGUGAUGUGUUUGUCUUCCCCAUUGGUCUCAUUCAUUACCAAAGAAACAUAGGAAAGGACAAUGCCAUGGCUAUUGCAGGUCUUAGCAGCCAAAAUCCAGGAGUCAUUACCAUUGCAAACGCGGUGUUUGGUUCCAAGCCAGCUAUAUCAAGUGAUAUACUUGUCAAGGCCUUCCAGGUGGACAAGAGGGUCGUCUCCACGAUUCAGUCCAAGUUCUAGAAGAUUUCGUUUGAUGAUUAACAGAUUCUUUUAUUUGAAUUGCAUUAUUAUUUUU